AUAACCAAGAAGAAGCAGAGUUGCUGAGUGGUUAAAUAGCAGCGAGCGCGCGGCGUAGCCCUUAUCCCAACAACAUGGACAACUUGCGGAUGAUGAAGGAACAUCGUUCCCAGAUCAUAAUCGGCGGCAAAUAUCGGGUGAUACGCAAGAUCGGCAGCGGCUCCUUUGGCGACAUCUAUCUGGGCAUGAGCAUCCAGAGCGGCGAGGAGGUGGCUAUCAAGAUGGAGAGCGCUCAUGCCCGGCAUCCCCAGCUGCUGUACGAGGCGAAACUGUAUCGUGUGCUGAGCGGAGGCGUUGGAUUUCCGCGAAUCCGUCAUCAUGGCAAGGAGAAGAACUUUUACACUUUGGUCAUGGAUCUGCUCGGGCCAUCGCUGGAGGAUCUGUUCAACUUUUGCACGCGCCACUUUACCAUUAAGACCGUACUGAUGCUGGUCGACCAGAUGAUCGGCCGUCUAGAGUAUAUACAUCUCAAGUGUUUCAUUCAUCGCGACAUCAAGCCGGACAACUUUCUGAUGGGCAUCGGACGGCAUUGCAACAAGCUGUUCCUCAUUGACUUUGGCCUGGCCAAGAAAUAUCGCGACGCCCACAGUCGCCUGCAUAUAUCGUAUCGCGAGGAGAAGAACCUAACGGGCACAGCCCGCUAUGCCUCGAUCAAUGCCCAUUUGGGCAUCGAGCAGUCCCGUCGCGACGACAUGGAGUCGCUUGGCUAUGUGAUGAUGUACUUCAAUCGGGGCGUGCUGCCCUGGCAGGGCAUGAAGGCCAACAAUAAGCAGCAGAAAUAUGAUAAAAUCUCUGAGAAAAAGAUGUCCACGCCCAUCGAGGUGCUCUGCAAGGGCUCACCGGCCGAGUUCUCCAUGUACUUGAACUAUUGUCGUAGCUUGCGUUUCGAUGAACAGCCCGACUACAUGUACCUACGUCAAUUGUUCCGCAUUUUGUUCCGAACGCUGAACCAUCAGUAUGACUACAUCUAUGACUGGACAAUGCUGAAGCAGAAGACCCACCAGGGUCAGCCGAAUCCCGCCUUGAUGCUGGAACAGUUGGAGCCACGCAACGAUCGCGAUAAGGAGAAAGAGAAACCGAACUGCAAACCUCCCAUCACCGAGUAAUUCAGCUGAAAGGCAGAUAAAUAAUAAUAAUAAUAAUGCAAAUGCAAAUACAAAUAAAACAAAUAAUUGGGUGGCAAGCGUUAAAAACAAACAGCAGCAGAAUGAAUAACACAAAAUGAAUUGAAAUUGAAAUUGAAAUGGAGUAAACAAAUAAGCAUAAAGAUGAAAUGAAAGAUGUGGAACGGAGGAGGAGACGGAUGUGGAAGCGGAAGCGGAAGCUAGGAUGUUUCUUAUUAUUAAUUUAAAUUCAAUACUAAACAUUUAAGACGAUGACGAAAACAAAACAAA